AAGUAAAAAUAUACAACAAACAUGGCAGCGUGUAAGGUGUGCUGACUAUAUCACUCUUAUUCUAUUGACGGUUUUUAAACGUUUAUUUAAAUGUAAACAAUUAUGUAAACAAGACAUGCACAUAACCACAGAUUAAAAUACUCCAUAACCUUGCCCUUAGGAGGAUAUAAGCGAUUCAAUCGUAAGGGGAAAGCCAAUUGAUUCGCACAAAAGGAUAUCCUGUUUGUUCUUCAAUGAGUACCUAGGGCUACAGCUACAGAGAUCAGAGUCAAAUAAUUCGACUGCAGUAUUAAUUGAAAGGCUGACCUAGAAGAAAAUGACAUAACACAAUGUCCGAUGUAAAUGAAAGUCAACAAUUAAAUAGUCAAUCUACCAGUUACACGACCGUUAUCCCAGUAGAGUAUACACGUCGGGUGUUCAAUACUCCAUCUGCAUCCGGUGAAUACAUAGUGGAACAGUACAGAACGCAUGAUGACUACAUCCAAACGGAGGAUCUCUCGUCGAGCCAAGGAGCUUUAUAUUCGGUCUCGCAGCGGGUACCUCCUGCAAGUACGAGCUAUGCGAGUUUAUGUCCGACGGAGCAAGGGGGUUAUUCUAGCUUAGCGUCCGAUUGGGAAAGGGAUAGAACUAUGUCAGGAUCGGAGGGAGUGAAGAAUGGAAGUUCUGAGGCUGUCAGUGAAAAACAUGUAAAUGAUACCAAUGUAACAUUGUCGGCACCUAGUUCAGUGGCAGGCUCUACGUCAUCAUCUGGUGGAAACGAAGCAAUUCAAAACGCUGUGACCCCAGUCUGCAUUUAUCUGUACAAUCGCAUCGCAUUAAUUAUGGAAGUUGAGGAUACAUCAAGUACUACGAAUGAGGUUCUUUGUCAGGCGAUUUUGAAUUGCGAUGAGCUUAAUUUCAAUAAACCAUUGGCAGCUCAAGUAUUUACACUGUGGAUGAAUAGCCCACUUUUAGAGCUGCAACUCAAACCCUCCCAUAAACCAUUCCAAAUUCAGCAAAACUGGAGACAUUUGGUCGAACAGUAUAGUCACGCAUCAUACAAUCGGCAGCAAAGAGAUGACCCGGUAGUGUCGUUCCAAAGAAAUGUAUUUUUUCAGCAGCACAUGGAGGAAAAAAUAAAAGAUCAGAAAAUUAUGGAAUUACUUUAUGAAGAAGCCAAGCAGAAUAUUCUUCGAGGAAGAUAUCCAUGUGAAGUCUCUCAUUAUAUCAUGCUUGGUGGAAUUCAGGCGCGAAUCGAGUUAGGACCUUAUAAUACUCAAAUACAUUCAACUCAUUACUUCAGGGAGGAACAAUCUAAGUAUUUACCACAGCACGUGUGCAAAAGUGCAACAUGGAGUUGGCUUCCUAUUAGCUCAAAGAAUUCAGCCGAGGUUAGAUUGUUGGAGCAGUUUAAGCGAAUUCCACACUCUGCCACAAACAGAAAGUUGAUACGAAAAUAUUUGGAAUUUUGUUGGUCCCUACCUUUUUACGGAUCUGCGUUUUUUGAAGGUCAAAUUGAACAGCCAGUGAGGGGGUUAAUGAGUUUAAUCACGCAUCAAGAUAUACCCGUUUUAGUUGCUAUUAAUUCAAAGAGUAUCUAUGUCAUUGAUGACCUGCAAAGUACCGUUCUGCUUGGAUUGCGAUAUGAGGAGUUGAAUUGGGACUAUGCCAGACCAUCAAAGGAAGAUGAUCCAAAUUGCUUGCCAUGCUUGUUCCUACAAUUCCUAGUAGUUGAGAAUGGUAGCCGUGUAUCAAAGAUUCUACAAGUUUUCUCUCGACAAGCUAGCCUUAUGGACUCCCUGAUAACCACAUUUGUGCAACAGCGCAAACGGAAAAGUCUUACCGACGAAACGGACAGACCAUUUGAUCAAAGUUCCGAAAAUGAAACGCAUGCGUCACUUACAUCUAAUCCAUUCACGUACGCCACAACAAAUUUGCCAUCGCUAAGCAAUAAAUUAAGCAAACUGACUUUAACUACAUUUGACGAAGAUGGCCAUCUCAUUGGACAGAUGGGCUCAUGGUCUUUCAGCUAUUAGCGCUGGUUGGUUGGAUUACACUGCUUGAUUUUAACAUACCUAAAAUGUUCUUAAGAAUCUCACAAAAAAAUGUGAAAUGUGUGAUAACAAGUGCAGUACAUAAUGCCUCAACUUCAUUUCUUAAAUGCAACUUCUAACUUUCUAGUGAAUUAUUUGUUUUACGCUGGGAAGAAAAUAAUUACUCAAACACUAGUACAAUUUUAAAAACUAUAUGUAUAAAUAUAGCUUCUCAUUCACAAAGUUGUAUCAUCAAUUUCAUCGUUUGAACAACUGCUUUAUGCUGCAAAAAAUGAUCUCUUUUGUUACUAAGUAACAUUCUCGAUUAGCUUUUAGGAUUUUGUACUUAUUUUA